UUAAAAAUAGUGCAGUUAAAGAAGGUUUUUCCAUCGAUUAAAGUCUAAAAUUAUCAGUAUAGCAGGAAAGAUUUAAGGUAAAAUCAACUAGGCUAGUAAAGAUUUCUUCUAAUGGAAGCAAAGUAUAUAAGUUUUGAAAGUCAUAGCGGUUAAUAUUUUGUGUGUCAAUUGACUGAGAUGUAUUAUAAUCCAGCAAUAAUUAUGUUCUGUGUUAUAAGUACUGAAGAUCAAUUUACAAAUUUGUUUAAGUGCAAAAUAAUAGUCUAGAUUUUUCUUAUGAUUAUUGGUGCCAUUUGCAAACAAUCUGAAUUUAAGUGAUGCUUUAUGGAAUUUAGGAAGAGCAUAAAGAUUAGUAAAUCUAUGUUAUCUUGAAUUUAUAGAGAUUUGGAGUUUUUUAUGAAAUGCUUUAAUUCUGUUAAUUAUAGAGGUUUCUGUAAACUGACUCCUCAUCCAACUUUGUCCAAAAAUUUUAUUCAGGAGCGUAUUAAAAAAUUAAAAAAUGGUUAUCAGAUUGACUGGGCAACUGCAGAGGCAUUAGCUAUAGGAUCACUGUUGUAUCAAGGUCAUAAUGUACGUAUAAGCGGCCAAGAUGUUGGAAGAGGUACUUUUAGUCACAGACAUGCUAUGUUAGUUGACCAGUUGACAGGAGAAAUUCACGUGCCAUUAAAUCAUAUGACAGAAAAGCAAACUGCAUUUUAUGAGGUUUCAAAUAGUAUUUUAUCUGAAGAAGGUGUUCUUGGUUUUGAAUAUGGUUUUAGCAUAGAAAACUUGAAUAAUUUAGUAAUCUGGGAAGCACAGUUUGGCGAUUUUUUUAAUUCUGCUCAGGUUGUUUUUGAUACUUGCAUCUCAUCUGGCGAAACAAAAUGGCUGCUGCAAAGUGGAAUAGUUAUUCUUUUGCCGCAUGGCUAUGAUGGUGCUGGUCCUGAACAUUCUUCUUGCAGACUUGAACGUUUUUUACAAAUGUCUGAUAGUCAAGAAGAUCAUAUUGAUGCAGAUGAUGUGAACUGGCAUAUAGCAAAUCCUACAACACCUGCACAGUACUUUCAUCUUCUCAGGCUACAGGUGGUGGGUAGUUUGCGAAAGCCUUUGAUUGUAGUUGCUCCUAAAAUUCUUUUGCGACAUCCAUUAGCAGUAUCAAACUUGAAAGAUAUGAGUUCAGGACAGAAUUUUAAAACAGUUUUACAGGAUUCCAGUGUAGCAGCAGAAAAUGUAAAGACAGUGAUUUUCUGUAGUGGAAAGCAUUUUUAUUUGUUGCAGAAAGAAAAAGAAUCUCGAAAACGAAAUGACUGUGCAAUUGUAAGACUCGAGAAAUUAUGCCCUUUUCCUGCUGAAGAUAUUUCAACUUUAAUGCAAGAUUUUAAAAAUGCUAAAACAUUUAUUUGGAGUCAAGAAGAACAUCAAAACAUGGGUGCUUGGACAUUUGUUCAGACAAGGUUCAGUAAUCUCCUAGGAUGCAAACUAAAAUAUGCUGGAAGAAAGCCAUUAGCAACACCUGCAGUUGGAAUAGGAAAAUUUCAUCAAGAAGAAAUAAAUUAUAUUUUGAAUGAAACAUUUAAAUAAUAUACUAGAAGAUAUGAAAAUAUAUAUUAUGCCCAUUAUAGUGUAAAAGAUAUUCUUUGCUGUAUUUAAGAAUAUGUAUAUAUAAUUUACUAUUAAUGACAGUUUUUACAAGUGCAUUGUAAGGUGCAUUGCAGAUAAGGACAGAAUAUGGGAAAUAAAUAUAUUCUGUAUUUGUUUUUAGUAAUAAAUUUUAAAUUAGAAAAUAUAUUUAUAUAAUAAAAAGCAAGAUUUCGAAAUGA